GACGCGGAGUGUUUCCAGAACCUGUUCAAGCUCGGGUUCGGCUUCGUGGAAGUCGGGUCGGUGACGCCGGUCGCCCAGGACGGGAACCAGCGCCCGCGGGUUUUCCGGCUACCCGCCGACGAGGCCAUCGUGAACCGUUGCGGGUUCAACAGUGCCGGCCACGACGUUGUGUUGGGCCGACUCGAGUCGACACCCCGGCCCGAAAACGGGUUCGUCGGCGUCAACCUGGGCAAGAACAAAACGUCGCCGGACGCCAAAAAGGACUUUGCGGAUGGCGUCCGGAAGUUCGCUCCAGUCGCGGAUUACCUCGUGAUCAACAUUUCUAGUCCGAACACUCCUGGCCUGAGGGCUUUGCAAGGAGAUGCUGAAUUGCCCGGUGUUUUGGCUGCGGUCAAAAGUGCAAAAGACGAAAUGGAACCCCAGCGCGGUGUUUUCACGGGCGAUGACGCCUAUGCCAAGAUCCGCGCCGGGGCGUCCCUAGUCCAGCUGUACACUGCCAUGGUGUACCAUGGCCCGGGCGUCGUGGCCAGUAUUAAGGCCCGGCUCAGGGAGUUGUUGGCUAACGACGGUUUCCAGACUCUGUACGACGCCGUCGGUGCUGACCACGAGCGGACUACAGCAGGGUCAUAA